AUGACUCCCUGGAGCACCGUCAACAAGGCCGCUCCCGGCGUGCCCUUUUACACGCCAGCCCAAGAGCCCGCCCCCGGCUCCGCUGUCGACGCCAGCUCCGACGUGCCCUCGCUCUUCCGGCCCAUCAAGGUCCGCGGCCUCGAGCAGCACAACCGCGUCGUCGUCUCGCCAAUGUGCCAGUACAGCGCCCACGACGGCCACCUGACCGACUACCACCUCGUGCACCUCGGUCAGCUCGCCCUGCACGGCGCCGGGCUCGUCUUCGUCGAGGCCACCGCCGUCGAGCCGCGCGGCCGCAUCAGCCCCGAGGACAGCGGCCUGUGGGCCGACUCGCAGGUCGCGCCGCUGAAGCGCAUCGUCGACUUUGUGCACUCCCAGAACGGCAAGAUCGGCAUCCAGAUCGGCCACGCGGGCAGGAAGGCGAGCACGCUGGCGCCGUGGCUCGGCGGCACGGCGGACAAGACGCUCGCGGACGCCGCGGCGAACGGCUGGCCGGACGACGUGGUGGCCGUCAGCCCGAUCCCGUUCGCGGAGGACCACGCGGCGCCCAAGGAGCUGACGGUGGCGGAGAUCAAGGGCCUGGUCAAGGCGUUUGCGGACACGGCGCGGCGAGCGGUCGAGGCAGGCUUCGACACGAUUGAGAUUCACGCGGCGCACGGCUACCUCCUCAGCAGCUCGCUCUCACCACUCAGCAACCAACGCACCGACGAGUACGGCGGCAGCUUCGAGAACCGCACGCGCCUGCUCAAGGAGGUCAUCGGCGCCGUCCGCGGCGUCAUCCCCGAGACGAUGCCGCUCUGGGUGCGCGUCUCCGGCACCGAGUGGAUGGAGUCCACCGGCGCGCCGUCCUGGGACCUCGAGAGCACCAUCCGGCUCGCCAAGGAGCUGCCCGCGCUGGGCGUCGACGUGCUCGACGUCAGCAGCGGCGGUAACAGCGCCGCGCAGCAGAUCCCCAAGGACAGCAAGCGCUUCCAAUCGGACCUGGCGCGCGCCGUGCGCAAGGCCGUCGAGGCGGACGGGCUCCCGCUGCUGGUCGGCACCGUCGGCUACAUCGAGGACGGCGGGACGGCGGCGGAGCUGGUGCAGGAGGGCGCGGAGGCGCGGGCGGGCGACUUUGCACUGCUGGGGAGGCAGUUCCUGCGCGAGCCGGAGUGGGUGCUCCGCGCGGCGCACGGGCUCAAGGUGACGGCGAAGUGGCCGAACCAGUACCACCGCGCCGGGCCGCGGGCGACGUUUGAUCGGCCGUUUUAG